AUGCGAUUGACUGUGAUCAACGAUGCGAUCUUAGGCCACGAAAUCAACGAUGCGAUUGAUACUGUGAUCAACGAUGCGAUCUUAGGCCACGAGAUCAAAGAUACGAUUGCCAGUAUGAUCAAUGAUGUGAUUAACAGUAUUAUCAAAAAUACUGUAUUGAUCUCGAGGGCUAAACGAUGCAAUCUAAACGAUGCGAUCUCCAAGGCCAACGAUUUGAUCAGAACGAUGCGAUCUCCAGACAGAAUCAUGUGA